UUUACAUCUUAAUCCCUCAACCCAUAAAAUAAUUGAAAGAGCCUUUUUAAUAUGAUGACACCCAUGCCGUAAAGGGUUCCCAAAGUUGACAUGUUGAGCCAUUAAAGUACUAUAUAAGCUGGUACCAUGCCCUACAUUUCUCUACUUUUCUAUCAAGCACACAAGCUACCUGAGAAAAGCUAUAUUGGGCGGAACACUCUUAGUCGUUUUGGGCAUACACAGUUCACAAAUACCUUCUUAUUGUGAACUUGCAUAUCCAUUCAUUAUUGAGAUUCAAUUCUGCAUUCUUACUUCUAAUUCUCAUUGACAACACACCUUUCCCACUUUCAAAUCAAGCUCGUACCAUGGUCUUUAAGCUUGGAAAUUUGAAGCAUUCUUUUAAAAUCCACAAGAAACAGAAAGAUUUAAUUUUGAAAGAAACGGUUCAGGAUGAAAAAGCAAAACCGACAAGAUCCAUAAAACGUUCUUUCUCCUGGAAAGCUAUGAAAAUGAACAAGGUGAAGACUUUCUAUAAAACUGUAAAACGUCUUGUUAAAAGCUGUUUCACCGCUGAUGCUUUUGAGAAUGAUGAUGUUAUUGCACUCGUUCGUGACUUGUCGCGCCGCAGCACGAAGCGCUCUCACCAAUCUUUCAAGGCUCGCAACGGUAAAGACUCAAAACGUCGUAUGGACCUGGUUUGUUACAAUCCGCCGAUUGGUCUUUCCUCGGACACUUUAGAUCCUUUCCGCCGCAAAACAGAAACUGAUCUUGAAAAUGAGUUACUGGAAACAGAACCUUUUGUUGAUGUGGAUGAUGACGAGUUGAGUCCCACUGUUACCAUUCAUAAGUCCAACGAUGCCAGCUCAAUUACUAUAGACGAAGACUUGAAUGAUCGCUCUCGCUUUGAUGAAACGAAGCUAAUAAAUGGCGAUUACUCUAUGGAAGCAAUGAUGAACGACAACAAUGCUAUCGUCAAAAUUUCUCUUGCAUAUAAAGACGACGUUGACUCUGACUUCAAUGACGGCUUUACUUUCCAGCACAAUUUGGAAGCAACAAAGUAUGCAAUUGCUAACUUUGCUGAUGUUUGCUCCAUCAAAGACAAUUACGUUUCAAAUGUCUUUUCUUUCAUCUCCACCGGAUGCGUCCCAAUACAGACGUUAGUUCAUCAUGUUAUGCUUUAUGAUUGUUAUCCUGCAUUUAUCCAGGAAAGUCUCUGGCAAGGAGUACUACAUUUCCUUGAUCAUCUCCCCGUGUCCAAACGACGUAUCGACUUUCGCAAACUGGUUGCCUCUAAACGAAUUGGUAAUAUUCGAGCAUACUUUAUUGAUACGCACGAUGUCAAAAGCGUUGAUGUACUAAAUUCUACUGCCCGUAUCCAGCGCAACAAUUUCUCAUGCCUUUUGCACCUGGACGCCCCCAUGCCCUCUUACGCCAAUUUGUCUGAAGAUACCGUGGCUUGUCAGCUACUUUUUCAUGCUAACAGUUCUUAUGAAAUAUCUUGGCUUCAAAUGCUAUAUGCAUCGACCGAUAGUGCCAGAGCGUUUCCACUUCAUGUUUACCUCAAUGCAAGCAACAACGGCGACAUCAGGGCUGAAGAUUACCUGCAUUAUGAUUACCUUGAUCGUUGUCUCUUUUCUCCUCAUCCGGGAAAAGGAGUUCUCGCACGUCUUGCUUCUAUCUAUGAGAAGGAUUACUACAACGCGAGCAAUUUCCUUCUUAAACAGAAUCAAUUUCCAACCCAAUUGAAUGACUUCACUGAAAACGGCUAUGAACAACAAUCGUGUCCGGAACAGGAAAAUACGGACCAGGAGAACCUGCAAAGUUCAACAGCACCUUUUUCUGUUUGCAUGGCGCAGGAAAUGAUUCGCCAAAGAUGUUGGAGCUAUGUUUUAACACUUGUCAAUUGACUACUAGAAGUGUUGCUUGGUUUCUACUUUUUCUAUUCACAGUCUUUCUUUUAAAGGAAUUAAGCACACGCAUGGCGAGCCGUUAUUUAUCGGUCAUUCUCUUCUAGAGAAACGUUUUUGUCUUCUUUUGCAUUGCCUUUUCAUUGUUGGUUCUUUUUCUCUUUAUGAUUUUAUGAUUUUGUGUUUUUGUGUUUUUGUUUUGAGUUUCUACCAUUUUUGGCUUUCAGUUUUGUCUUAGUAACUACCAUUGAAAUUAAGAUGGACGUGAAGAUUGAUCUUAUAGCACAGACAGUUCAUGCUUGGAGAAAAUUUCAACCAUGUAGUUACUCGUCUGACUUAUUAUUCCACUUGGUUUACCAUAUACUUACUAGGUCCUAAUGGAUUUCAAUAAAAAGACAUUCUUCAC